UUUCAAUAUCUUCGGUGGUAAAUUCGGACCCAUACGGAGUAAAUAAAGUCUAAUCACAUAUUAAUUUCUUUUUUCAAGAAAGUACCAAUUAAAUCCCGCAACAGGGGAAUACCAAACAACAAAAAUGGGUCUAAUCGCUCUUCCCGCCACGAUCUCCGACAUCACCUCAGUCUACGAUGUCUACUUUGCCGCGUUCAAGGACGACAUCAUCAUCGAAAUCCUGUACCCGCGUGGCGUGGACGCCGAGCUGCGCAAGGAACAUACAGCCAAAACAUUACAAUGGUGGCACGGCCUCACAGUGACACAUACAUUGAAAUGUGUAGAUACCGACACUGGCAAAAUUGUCGGCAUGGCAGUUUGGGAUGUAUACUGGCGGGGGAAAACCGAUGAGGAGCGGAAGAAGCCAACCAUCCCGUGGCUAGAGGGGGCAGAGAAGGAGAGGGCCGAAGCAUUCCUUGGGGCUUUGUGGGAAAUGAGGGAAAAGUGGUUGGGCGGGAGGAGACAUGUUUACUGCGCCCUCCUCGCAGUGCACCCAGAGCACCAACAUCGCGGCAUCGGGAAGCUGCUGAUGGACUGGGGCCUGGACAUCGGCGAGAAGCUGCAGUUGCCAGUGUACCUCGAAUCCACUAAGGCCGGAGUGCCAUUGUAUACGAAGCUUGGGUUUGAGAGGCUGUCUAAGGGCGCCCUGUUGAAGGCGGAAGUGACUCACUUUGCCUCCGAUAUCGAGGCUCCCCUGAUGGCCAAGAUGCCGUCAGCGGCCCGAGGGAUGAUGUUUGAAGAAUGGGCGCAAAAAGGAUACCCGCCGUUCGGCUGAGUGUCGAGGCUCUAUUUGGCUUUUUGGUGUGGCUUAUUUUAGUUUACCAAGAGUGCAAGCUAGCGGGGGUUCUAAGGGACAAGCAGAUCCGGUGGUUCAUUUGUAUAUAUUAUUUUAACCGUAGAGUAUCAUGAUACUUGGCAUGGAUUCAUACACGGAUUGUAUGGAACAAGUACAGGCCCUUUUAUCGCUGUAGUCUCUCGGUUGCGGCCCACUAUGAUUGGGUCAGGUGGCGGAGGAAAACUACUGUAACUACUAUACAAUGGAAAUGCCUCAACUUUAACUUUUACCACGCGAGAAGGGCAAAAGGAAUUUCCCCUGCACUCUCACGCAAGGAAGCAAGGAUUUCCAGCCCCAAAGGAAAGGCGGUC